GCAUGACUGUACUCGAUCAGAGUUGUAGCUGAGCAUGAAAAAAGAUAACGAAUCAUAAGGUGCUGCAGAGUUUUUGAGCCAGCCGAAAAUUUUACUUGUUGGAGGUCUAUUCAGUAACUGGUGGGAAACUUACAAGUCACACGACCAAAGACGAACGCGGUCAUACGCGAUUCAGGGGAAGCGGCGAACAUGACGUCUCCGUUUGUUGAGCCUCUCCCCAAAAGGAAGAGAAAGAAAGGUCCUGAUGAUGAAAUCAUUAAAAAUGUCGUUGUCUUGAAAAGUAGUCAAGUUCGUGAAAAGGAUGGUGUUGUGUUGAUGCCCAAAACUACUCUCGACAUGUCCGGAAUAAAGAAAUUGGGACAGUCCAGGAAAAUAACGUUUACAAAGAGUACUUCAUCAGGAGAUUUGCAACGAAAACUGGAGGAAAAGUUUCCUUUCCUUAAGGAAGCCAGUGGAAGAUUUUAUUGUGCAAAAGCAGUGGAAAAUAGAUCAAAAUUGGACUUUUGUGGUGAUCGUUGUGUAUGGAGUGGGGCAUUCAUCAAUAAAAACAUUACAGGGAACUCAGCACUUUACAUCUAUUGUGAGGAAGAGAAAGAGGGAGAUUCUGGCCAUUACUCUUCAGACCCUGACUUGCCAGGUGCUCCUGUGUAUGGAAAUUGCCUUGUUACUGCAGCACCCCAGGGGCGUAAAAGGUUUGGAAGUGAACCUUGUCCUGCUGCUGAGGGUCUGAUUGACAAAGAGACAUUGAGAGCAGUUGAAAGCCAGACGUGUGGAACAGUGAGAGAAAGUGACAGAAAUUACAGGCCUUUUGGUCAGCCGGAAGGUGUCAAAACACAAGUCUGGCUUAGUGAUUUACCGGAGCAGACAAAUCCUUUCACUCUUGCACCUCUCUUGGAAAGUUUACAAGUCUGUUGUAAAGAUAUAGAGAUCCAGAAGCCAUAUGACCAGGCUUCAACUGAGACAUUGACAGUUAAAGGGAGUCAAAGGGCUCAACAGAAUACAUCUGUGACUGUAGGGGAUUCUGACAAUCAGGUAAUCGUGUACAAAAAAAGAUAA